CAUACAGACGUGUGCUGUUGCAGUAUAGAAUCGCAGUUAGAGGAAUGUGAACUAAAGCGCCGUCCUGAAGAGGACUGAACCUUUGUAGCUUAUUCCCUACUAUCUGUGGAGAAAAGGACGACACCGACUGAAUUCCAAAGCCGGAGGAAUAAAUAGAAGAGAAAGUUUGAGACAUGUUGCAGUGCAGAGUGAAUUUCCUGGAUGAUACCUACUUUGUGUGGGAACUGGAGAGAAAUGCCCUGGGACAGGAUCUCUUCAACAAAGUUUGUGAACACCUUAACCUGUUGGAGAAGGAUUAUUAUGGUCUGGUCAUGUGGGAAUCUCCUACUACCAGGGUAUGGCUGGACUGUGCUAAAGAGAUCCGAAAACAGAUCAAAAGUCCAGAAACUGAAUUCUUUUUCAACAUCAAGUUUUACCCCCCUGAUCCCUCCAUUCUAGCUGAAGACAUUACAAGAUAUCUCCUGUGUCUUCAGCUGAGGAAAGAUAUUCUGAUUGGUCGACUGUCCUGUCCAUCAGACAUCCUGGCUCUGUUGGGUUCAUACACAGUUCAGUCAACACUUGGCGAUUAUGAUCCAAAUCUCCACCAGAACAACUAUGUCAGUGAAAUUGUUCUUGCACCCAAUCAGAGUGAAGAGCUGGAGAAGAGAAUAAUGGAGCUGCAUUCUACAUACAGAUUCAUGAGUCCUGCCCAGGCAGACAUGCUUUUCCUUGAGAAUGCCAUGGGGCUUCCGAUGUAUGGAGAAGACCUGCAUCCUGCCAAAGAUGUCAAUGGUGCAGACGUGCUGCUCGGUGUUUGCUCUGAAGGACUUAUGGUAUAUGAGGACGAGAUUAAAACAAACAUUUUCCUCUGGCCCAGAGUUCUUAAAAUCUCCCACAAACGCAGCACCUUUCUCCUGAAGAUGCGUCCUUCUGAGGAGGACGAGAUUGAAGGUACCAUCAGUUUCAGUUUGACCAGCUACCGAACCUGCAAACAACUGUGGAAAUGCUGUGUGGAACAUCAUAGUUUCUUCAGAAAUAGACUUCAAGACGCGAAAACAAAAAGGCUCCUGACUUUGGGUUCGAGGUUCCGUUACCAUGGACGCACUCAGUCUGAGUGUCUGGAAGCCAGCAACAACAUCACCCGAGCUCCUCCACGAUUCACACACUUUAUCAACGAGAGAAAAGGAAAUGAAGAACUUCUUGAUGUUUUAAAACAACCAGUUCGAACAGAGUUUGAUGACUGGUUUCAGGUCUAUGGUCCAGAUAAAUGGCGCAUUUCUACAUCAGAUGAUGUCAUGCUAGAAAGUGAGAAGAUGCCAGAGUGGAAGCAUCAACCCGAUGACUGGUGUGUCCUUCUUGACGGCACCCCAUUUUUACUGUUGGGUGCCCAGCAGCCCCUUCAGACUGAAGAACAGAGAGAAGAUGUGGAAGUUGGAGGUUCAGAGGAGAGACUCACAGAUGAGCUUGUGAUAAAGCAAUCAUAUAAAAUUCAGGUCAUCCAGGAGGGGUCUGACAUUAUUGAGAAAGAUUUUGAGUUAAAACAGGAAAUCAUGAAGCCUCUAAAGGAGACACUAAAGGAAGAAGUGCUAGAAGUCAAUGGAGAAAGAAUACAAAGGGCAGUAGUCACUAAAGAGUGGACACAGGAGUUCAGCUCUUUGGUGGAGUCACAAGAAGAUGUAGACAAAAAGAUAGAGAGAGUGGAGAUGGUGGAAAGACGUGUAAUAGUCACUAAAAACAAAAGACUGGGAUCUGAGGACACUUUUGAAACACUGGAAAUCAUGGAACAGAGAUUAGAAGAGGUGGAUGCUAUCAAGCAAAAGCUAGUAGAGGUGGAAGAGCUGAGGUUUGGAUUACAGGAAGUGGAAAGUUUGGAAAGAAGAUUGCAGCGAGUUGAAAAGGAGGAGCUUCAAAUAGCGGAGACAGAUGAUUGGCACGUUUUACUAGAUCGCAAGCCAUUUAUGCUCACUGCCACCCCUGCAGGAGGAGUUCAAGAAGAGUUGCAGCAGAUAGUAUACAGCCCUCAACCAAUGAAAAAAGAUGAUAAUUGGUACAUCCUGUUUGAUGUGCUUUCAAAAACCAUGGAAAUGUCGCACUCCCUUACAGACGUGAGAAGACUCACUCCUGAAGAAGAUCAGGGUGAAGAAGAGAAGAUAGAGGUAGAAAGAAAAAUACAGCAAGAGUUGGUGGCACCAGAGAAGACAAAAACACAGACAAAAGAAGAGGUGAAAACAGAGGAGGUCCAGAAAGAACAAAAGGAGCAGGUGACAGUGGAUUAUAGGAGACUACAGCCAGUUGUUCUUGAGCAGAGAGCAGCAGAGCCUCAAACAGACAAAGAGGAUGACUGGUUUGUCAUUUUAGAUGGUUCUCCUAAAAGAUCAGUGCCCUCUGUUGAGCUGUAUGAGGAGAUCGGAGAGGAGGUGAUCCAGGGAAGAGUGAGAACAGAGCAAAUAAAACAACAGCAGCAGGUGAGAGUAGAUGAUGGAAGACCACCGACAGUUAUUCUGGAGCAGAAGACAACACAACCUCAAAGAGACGUGGAGGAUGACUGGUUCAUCAUCUUUGAUGUUUCUCUUAAAGGAUCAGUUCCCAUGACUCUUUCAAGUCCAACUGCAAACCUGUAUGAGGAGAUCAGAGAGGAAGUGAUUCAGAGCAGAGCGAGAACAGAGGAGCAAGUGAUUGAAGUGAUGACCGUGAUCACAAAAGAACAAAUAAUAGUACCAGAGAAGAAGAGGACAAGCAUCGUACAAGCCCCACAGUUUCCAGUCGUGCCCAGAGACAUUGAUGACGACUGGUUUCAGAUUUUUAACAAAGUGUCGUAUGAGCAGGAGAGUUUCCCAUCAGAAGUUCGUGUUGUGUCUGUGCUUUCUUUGGAGGCUGAAGAAAAGAGUUCUUUGGAAAGACGGAGAAAAGAGGAAGAGCAGAUAAAACAACAGGAGCAGAUGACAGUGGUUUAUAGAAGGCCAGAACCAGUUAUUCUGGAGCAGAAGGUAGCAGAGCCUCAAAGAGAUGUGGAGGAUGACUGGUUCAUCAUUUUUGAUGUUUCUCCUGAAGAAUCAGUGUCCUCGUCUCUACAGCUGCGAGGUCCAGCUGUCGACCUGUAUGAGGAGACCAGAGAGGAGGUGAUUCAGAGCAGAGCGAGAACAGAGGAGCAAGUGAUUGAAGUGAUGACCGUGAGCGCUAAAGAACAAAUAAUAGUACCAGAGAAGAAGAGAACGAGCAUCGUACAAGCCCCACAGUUUCCAGUCGUGCCCAGAGACAUUGAUGACGACUGGUUUCAGAUUUUUGACGUAGUGCCUUACGAGCAGAAGAGUUUCCCAUCAGACGUCAGAGGCAGAGAUUUUGAGGUCCGUGAACCCAUCAAAGACCAGAGAGUCGUGAGAGUGGUGGAGGAGCAGAUGAGAGAGAAAAGACUGAUCACUGAAGAAAAGGGAGUGAUCAUUGAUCAGAGAGCUGACAUCAUUCAGCAGAUGAUUCCUGUCGGGGUUCGCGAAGUUGAUGAUGACUGGUUUGAGCUUUUGGAAGCAGCACCUCCUGAGAUGAAGAUCAUCCCUUCAGUUUCGGUGGCUACUGAAGAGCGCAGGAUGAAAGAACAGGACGACAGAAGAGUGAGACAGCAGCAGAUGAGAGUGAGAGAGGAGGAGGAGGAGGAGAAGAGACUAAGAGAGCAAGAGAAGCGAAAACAGGAGCUGGAAUUAAGAAGAGCGCGAGCAGCUGUUUCUGUGAAGACAGAAGCACAGCCUCAGAUCGAAAAAGAUGACGACUGGUUUAUUCUUUUUGAUGUUUCACAAAAAGAAACAGUUAUCGCAGAUGUUCUGAAAGUGGACAAGAGGGCUGAAGGAGAGAAGAGGAGAAGCGGAGAAGAGAGGAGGAAGCAGAUAAAAACAGAGGAAAGAAUCAAAAAAACAUCUGUACCAGAGAAAAAACCAGUACAGCUGCAGACAGAAGUGGAGGAUGACUGGUUCACACUUAUGGGCAUCUCUGCUAAAGAUUACAUUCCCACUCCUCGACCCACUCCUGUUAUUUCCCCAGUGGCUCCACCCAAACCCCGCCCACAGAUCCCAGCUGACCAACCGCUCACAUCCACUCCGACCGCACAACCUGUGUCCAUUAAAAAAACCUAUCAGGAGAGGACCAAAGACAUGUGGAACAUCACACUGGAGUCUGAGCAAUCUGCAACUGAGUCGGUGCUCAUGAGGAAGUCAAGGAGAAGUGAAGGAGAAAGCAUCUAUGUUCGUCACAGCAUUCUGAUGCUGGAGGAUGUUGAUGUGUCCCGUGAGAUGGUUUUGAAGCACUAUGCCAGCAUUUCUGAACUUAAGCGUGUCUUCAUGGAGGUCAAGCAAGAAUUUGGACCCACUGAAUGGGACAGACGUCUCUCAUCGUACUCAACUACUGCCAAAUCUCAGUUCCCGCAUGCCAGCGAAGACAUACUCAUGAGAAUGGGCUUAAUUGAAGAAGAUGGAAAAACUGUCUCAGUUCGCUCUCAAGAGAUAAUAUAUGUGUGAUUUCCAACAGCUUAAACAUAUUAUUUCUAUGCACUUGCAUAUAAUCAACUGCUGAAACUUUCAAGGAUGUGAAUAUGUCGAAAAAGCAAAUGUGUGUUUUAUAGAAUAUAAUUUUGUUAUAAUUUACAUAUCUGAUAGUGGAUCCUUAUACACUUGUAAUAAUUUGCGUAGACCUUCAGACUAAAAAACUCAUCUCAGGCUUAAAUUUGGUUUAUUUUAACUGCUUACACCUAUUUAGUUAUAUUCAAAAGGAAUAAAAGCAUCAUAUGCA